AUGGCAACCGUAGUGGUGCAGCAGCAGCCGCUGCGCCACACCACUCCUCCGCCUGGAUCAGUGUCUCCGGCACUGAGUCUCAAUAGAACUUCUUCUCCUGUCCCGAACAAGCAUAUACCUGUAUGCCCGCCUGGUCCCUCUCCUUUGCCUUCACGAACCAGUUCGCCGGUACCUAGGGAAGAUGUCACUCUUGUGGCAUCCUCGCCUCUCCACCCUCCCGAUGCAUUUCCCAAGAUCUCGGCUCUGCCCCCGUUAUAUUCGAUAGAAAUUGAGAUAAUGGAAGCUGCCGUCAAGCACGCUGCCUCCCAGCCAUUGCCCGAUCCCAAUCUGGUGUUUCCUUGGCUUCAUGGGUUACAUCCUGAGAACCAUCUCCAAGUUGGAUUCUUCACAAACCGGCGGCGCUCCUUGCGGCGCACUCCGAGAUGUUGGAGAGGGCUCACUAUCGUCAAAGUUGGCGGCGAUCUGACCACAUCGAGGCUAAAGGGAGCUGUUCCACCCGAUGCCAUCCUUGCGCCGUCGGGACUCGAGUUCCUUGCCGUUGACCCUCGAGAAGGAUUCUCUGUGCGAAACUUUCAGAUUCAGACGGCAAAGUUGGCGCCCUUAUCCGACAUUGUUGUGUAUGGCGAGGAUGGCGUCACCGCGGAUCAGAUUCUCGAUGUUGCGAGCAGAAUCACGGCCGCACAGCAUCAUUGGAGAGUUAAGCAUGAUUUGGAACAGGUCAUGCCUUCAUACAAUACCUUUGUUGUCUCUUGCCCUUUCUCCGAUAUCGAACGAAGAGCUCCUAGCUUAGUUGCGAUCAAUUCUAGCGGGCAACUCACAAACCAGUCCAAUUAG